AUGCAGGAACGACGCUCUGAUCUUCUUCAGGAACAGCUGUCUCACUGUACCGGUGAACUUUGGAGCGAUCUUUUGUGGUUUCAUCGAAACGUUCAACUUUGGAGCCUUGCUUCCCUCGUCAGGAGUGAUGGCACCAGCCAACAACUUACACAAAGUGGUCUUUCCGGUACCGUUUUCUCCCAUCAUGACAAUGAUCUCACUGUCGGAGAACUCUCCAGCCUCCACAGUGAGCUUGAAAUCUCCCUGGGUCUUAACCAUGGAUGGGUACGAAAAGGCGUGUGUUUGAUCCACAAUCAUCUUGUCGGAAGCAUCAGCGAGUCUAAACUGCAACGACUCGGUUCUGAACCGCAAGUUUUCUGUUGGAAUGUGACCGUCAAGGAAGAUGUUAAUACCUUCUCUGACAGAUGCUGGAAGAGUCACCACACCGUACACGGAUGGAACACCGUAAAGAAUGCAAACAAAGUCCGACAGGUAAUCCAGCACAGAUAA